AUGAGUAUCCCAGAAACCAGUAAAGCUGUCGUUGUUGAAGGCGAGAAAAUUGUUGUGAAGGACGUUCCCGUUCAACAAUUGACGGGGACCCAAAUCUUGGUAAAGGUCAAGGCGGUAGCCGGCAACCCAACCGAUUGGAAGCAUUUGGAUUACAAGAUAGCUCCUCAAGGUUCGAUCAUAGGAAACGACCUUGCCGGAACCGUCGUCAAGCUCGGCCCCGAUGUUGACGCAACCCGCUUUGCAGUUGGUAAGACCGUAAUCGGAGGAGUGCACGGUGGUUCGGUAAAAUUCCCUCAGUACGGUGCGUUUACGGAAUACGCAGUGCUGGAUUCGGUUUUGACGUUCCAAGUGGAUUUGACCGAGAGCGGCGCCACGUCGAUCGCCGAGGGCCCGGUCAAGAACUUCGAAUCGGGCGCAUCGCUUCCCGUUUCUCUCUUGACUGCUGGUGAAGUUCUUCAUUACCAUUUCAAAAACAAGUUAGAGUGGGAACCCAAGUCUCCGCAGCAUGACUUCCCCAUUCUGAUUUGGGGCGGUGCAACUGCCGCCGGUCAGUGGCUGAUCCAAUUGGCCAAACAAAUGUUUUGCUACAGCGAGAUUGUUGUGGUAGCGUCGAAGAAGCACGAGCAGCUUCUCAAGAAGUAUGGAGCCGAUGCGGUCUUUGACUACCACGAUGAAGACGUUAUUGAGCAAAUGCGCGGUAAGUACGGGGGCUUCAAGCAUUUGGUAGACGGCGUUUCGGUGCCCGAGACCUUCCGUCAAGUGUACCAACUAGCCGCACCAGGCGCGACGAUCAUUCCUUUGAUGAACUUAGGCGAGAAGGAUAUUCCCGAGGCCGAGAGAAAGACCGGGAUUACAAUUGACCCUACCUUGCUGUAUCUAGUGUUUGGACACGAUGUUCCAUUCGGUCCCCAUACUUUCCCUGCAAACCCUGCUUACCGUUCUGCGGCUGUCGACUUGGUCAAGUUCUUGGAACCCAGAAUCAAGAACGGCGCGCUGAACCAUAUUCCCAUCGAAGUCUAUCCUGGUGGGCUGGAAGCCAUCCCACGUAUUUUGAGCGACAUAAAAAAUGGUGCCAACUCCGGUGUUAAGCUGGUUGCCAGGGUGUAA